UCUCUCCUUAAAUACCCGCUCCCCUCCCGCUUCGUUCUGGCCACAAUCAUUAUUGCUCACACCAACCUUCAACAAAAUCCUCCCAAUCCUCCCUCAUCCACCCAAACAAGCCCUUACACUGCUUCCAUGGGCAAGAAACCACAAGCUCUUCCUUCUAUCUCCAAGGCUCCUCCCAGAAAACAUUCAUGGCAGUUCUUUCCUCCCUGUGCUUUCUCCCCUAAGACCCUCUCCUUUCGUGCCGCCGGCGAUGACAUCUUCAGAACCGUCAACUCCGUCUACUUCGACCCCGUCGAUCAGACCCCCGACCCUUGGUUCACGACGUCGUCCGAAUCUGCGGCGAGCUUCACGACGGAGGACGAUGUGGAUAGAGACACGUGCACGGAGGAGUCCCUGGAGAUGGUGGUUCGCGACGUGAGGUCGUCGGAGAGGCUGUUCUUCGAUCCGGACGACACGAGGUCGAUACUGGAGCAGGCGAAGGCGGGAAUGGCGUUUCCGUUCAAGGAGAGUGAGGUUCUGGCGAUGGAGUCGGAGGAUCCGUACGGCGAUUUCAGGAGAUCGAUGGAGGAGAUGGUGGAAUCGCACGGAGUUAGGGAUUGGGAGGGAUUGGAGGAACUAUUGGGAUGGUACCUGAAAGUGAACGGGAAGAACAAUCACGGCUUCAUCGUGGAGGCUUUCAUGGAUUUACUCGUGAGUUUAUCCAAGAAGAACCCUGUUUCUCGUUCUUCUUCUACCUCUAAUUACUCUUCAGCUAUUUCUUCUUUCUCGUCGUCUUCUUCAUUGCGCGUAUCUCAUUCUCAGCAGGCUCUGAAUGAGAUUGUUGGUGAUGAGGAUGAUCAUUGAUCACAGCGUUCGCGUGAUCGAACAAGUAAAAUUAGCGUUUAGGCAACAAUAUUUUUUGCCAGCGAUAUUAUAUGAUGCAUUCUCAUUGUAUAUUUUGUAGAUUAUUACAAGGUAAUUGAUCACUAUAUUAGUCA